AUGAACUUUGAGGACGUGGCCAUUGCCUUCUCUCAGGAGGAGUGGGGGCUUCUUGAUGAUGCUCAGAGACAUCUGUACUGUGAUGUGAUGCUGGAAGUGUUUGAACUUUUAUCAUUCGUAGGUCAUUGGCAUAAAAUGGAUGAUGUGGAGGCCUAUUCUGAACACAGUGUAUCUGCAGGAGAGUCUCAGGUCAGGGCUUCCAAGACAGCUGCAGCCACCCAGAGGACCCAUCUGUGUAAGCCGUGCUUCUCAGUAUUAAAAGAUAUUUUGCACCUGAGUGAGUUACAAGUGGUUUACUUUGAGAAGAAUGUGUUCUUAAGUGAUGCAUGUGUGAGAGACUUGUGUUUCAGUGCAAACCCUCACCAGCAACAGAAGGAUGCCAGUGGAGAGAAGCCCUGGAAAGAAGAUAUGGAGAGUGCCUCGCUUGUGACAAGUUGCUGCUUCUACUUAUCUGGAGUGCCUGAAGCCACUAUGGAGGUUGGGGAAGACUCCCCAGGGUUUCUCCAGCACCAGGCCACUCUUAACACUGAGGAGCCACACAGUAACAAUGAGAUUUCACAAGAAUUUCUCAGUGGAAAAAGACAUCACCAGUGGGUUGAAUGUGAAACAGCUGUCAGCCAGAAACAGAAAGUUGCUUAUGAGAAAGGUCUCUGCUCUGAAGAUAUGAUUGAUGAGUAUAAUAAAUGUGGGGAAGUGUGUAGACGAAUCUUCAACCACCUUCAACACAGGAGAGUUCACACUACAGAAAAGCCCUACGAGUGUACUGAUUGUGGGAAGGUCUUCAGUGAAAGCACUGCUCUCAUUAAACACAACAGAGUUCACAAUAGAGAAAAGCAGUAUAAGUGUAGUGACUGUGGGAAGUCCUUCAGUCAAAGGUCUGACUUCACUGGACACCGCAAAAUUCACACUGGAGAAAAGCCAUAUGAGUGUAGUGAAUGUGGGAAGUCCUUCAGUCGAAGGUCUGACUUCACUGUACACCAUAGAGUUCACACUGGAGAAAAGCCAUAUGAGUGUAGUGAAUGUGGGAAGUCCUUCAGUCGAAGGUCUGACUUCACUGGACACUGCAGAAUUCACACUGGAGAAAAGCCAUAUGAGUGUAGUGAAUGUGGGAAGUCCUUCAGUCGAAGGUCUUACCUCACUCUACACCACAGAGUUCACACUGGAGAAAAGCCAUAUGAGUGUAGUGAAUGUGGGAAGUCCUUCAGUCAAAGGUCUUACCUCACUCUACACCACAGAGUUCACAGUGGAGAAAAGCCAUAUGAGUGUAGUGAAUGUGGGAAGUCCUUCAGAGAAAGAUCUCACCUCAGUAGACACCACAGAGUUCACACUGGAGAAAAGCCAUAUGAGUGUAGUGAAUGUGGGAAGUCCUUCAGUCAAAGAUAUCACCUUACUGUACACCACAGAGUUCACACUGGAGAAAAGCCAUAAUUAUGCAGGGAAUGUUUUCUUUUUCUCACUUAUUAUAAGAACACUUAAGGGGCUCUAUGGGACCCUUUACAUGAAUGCAAACCCCUUUUAUGGGAACAUACACUUGCUAGGUUCCUCAUAAAUUUGAGGUACCAGUGAGACUUGAAGGAGCUGCAUUGUACUUGCUAACAUGCCUAGAUCUACAACCCAAAUGAUGUCAAACCUGGCUCACCUGUGGAGUGUGCAUUGGUCAUCAUUCCUGGGUGUUCAGGGGACUGUAUUCUUUGUUUUCACUUUUGUUUGAAGUAAUUAUGGUUCCUCCAAGCUCUUGGCAGUAUCUUUAUUCAUUUGCCUAUGACUAGAAAAUGGACCUGACCCAGGAUUCAUCCAGAGCACCAGUUCUCUGCUAAGAAGUGCUACCUCUUUCAGGGAUCUAGUGGUACUCACAUUAUGCUUUGAUAAAUUUUGGGGGGAUUCUUAUUCACCAACCUGUAAACCGCUUGCUCUCCUCUGCUCUAGUUUAGGAUCUUUUUUUAAGGUUUGUUUACAUUUGUCCUUUAAUUUUGGUUUUAUUCGUGGCCACAGAUGAUUUGCAAACACAAAUGUGAUAUGUCUGCAUGCAGAGAUGAAUAGAUAUUGUGUCUAUCCCAAAGUUUAUGUGGUUUAGAAGGGAGAGCAUUAUGGCAGGAAAUCACUUUUUGUCCAAUAUUGACUUAUUAUUUACUGCAGCCCAUGGCCUUGAAAUAAAGAACACAUGACUUUGUGCAUUUAAUCUGCAGCCUAGUGCCUUAUUGGUGAGGGCAAAGAUCACUCUGAAGGUCACUCUGCUUCUGUGACCAAUAUGAAUCAUGUUCUCUGUUCACAGUAUGUAUUACAUAAGCUUCAGCAGUGUUUAAGGAGCCUGCUCUCCAUGUACUGCAAAGGAGCCAUGUUCCAGGAAGUAUGGAAUUUCAUAGGCUGGUGUCAUAUUGUAAGACUCUGAGGUGGAACCACAAUUACGACAGAAAAACUGUUUCUAUAGUGAGUGGGAAAGCCUGCAGUAAAUUAGAUCAAAAGGGCCUCUACUAAACAUGAGGCCAUGGAUGUCCCAGGGCCUGUGGCUUGUGUGACCUUUAUGUACAGACAUUCUCAGGAGUUCCAAAACUGUUUCAUGUAGCUGACGUCAUUGGCAUAUAAAACAAUCUAAUGCUAUUGUGUAUUCCCCUGGCCCCUCUAGAGUGUUUACAUAAGGUAGUUGCUCAACAGGCAAGAAGUCAAAGCUAGAGGAUGGAUAAUCCUGCAAUUUGUCCCAGGAUGUGUCUUUUGUAAGCAGUCAGCAUUCCUGUUGAAUUUCAUGGCAAUAGUUUUUUUGUGUGUUUUUUAAGUAUAUAUUUUUAUGAUUUUGGAG